UAGGGUCGAGCCAUCUCUACGGAUACGGCGCCGCACAAUAAGCUGCUGCUGCUGCAGCCGCCACAGCCGGCAUCUCCAGCGUCUACACCUCACGUGCCCUAACCGACUCCUACCUAUCCGACCUGACCCUCCGGUACCUUUCCGAGUCGGACCCUUCGGCCUCCGCCACCGACGACCAUCGCCGAAGUAGCUCUAUGUAUCUGGCGACGUCGCAUUUGAUGUCCUAGUCUUCAUGGCCAGCUCUCGAUGUCGAGCCCGGCGUGAAACGCCCCUCUGAAGGUUCCGCUUGUCGCUUCCAAGUGAAUCCCUUCCUGAGAGACCUGGAGAGCCAGACCUGGAGAGUCACAUUAUCUAUCUAUCUAUGAUGUAGAUUUGCUUAUAUUCCAUUUCAUAAUUUUUAAACAGUUCCACUUGAAUAUGUGGCAAUGUAAGUUUGGUGCAACCUGCAAAUUUCAUCACCCGAAAGAUAUCCUAAUACCAUCAGCCGAGCAAGAGAAUACAUUUGGAGAAACUGGGACAACUAUUCAGCCGGAGGGAACUGGAUUUGCUGUGAAGCCUCCUGUUUCAUUCAUCCCUGCACUGUCAUUUAACUCCAAGGGUCUUCCUGUAAGACCGGGUGAACCCGAUUGUCCAUUCUACCUAAUUGGAAGUUGCAUGUAUGGGGCCACUUGGGCAUGACUUAAGAGAACAGAAAAAGGCACUAUGGACGAUCUUGUAUCUGCCUCCACCACGCACUCAGCGCGGUUGGCAAUACCUCCUUUGGUGAGGAGAAGGCCACGCAGAGAAGUUUGUAAUAGGUAAUGUCCAAGUUUGUAAUCAGUAAUCUUACGGCAUGAAUUCUUUAUAAAGUACUGCAACAUACAAAAGGGCAUUCAUGUGAUGCACCAGUACUUGGCCUCUUUUCCCAUGCAUCAGGACCUUCAUGCGAUCUGAUAAUCAACUUGAGUUGAAAUUUAUUGAGAAAGUUCUCAGUGCAGUCUGGACCCCAAAUCAGACCAAUGCCUCUCUAUAUUUGGAGAAAGACCAGGAGUCAUUAAGGGAUUCGACCACAUCAUGUCACCAGGAACCAAGUUGGGACCUCCUCAUGGAGCAUCAAGAUAGGUCUCAACUUGAUUCUUGGUGACGUGAUGUGGUUGGAUUCUCAAUGAAUCCUGGUCUUUCUUUAAAUAUAGAGAGGCAUUGGUCUGAUUUGGGGUACUGACUGCACUGAGAAUUUUCUCAAUAAAUUUCAAUUCAAGUUGAUUAUCAAAUCGCAUGAAGGCCCUGAUGCACUGGAAAAUAGGACAUUACUGAUUACAAAAUUCUUUGUUAUCGGGAUGCGAUUUGCGAGGUUGUAUCCUUACCCUUCGGUUGGAUGAAGGAAUUGAAAAUUACAUAAAAUUCUAAAAUAACGGAAUUUUGAUUUGCAAUUUAAAUUUUA